AUGGACGAAACUAUCUUGAGCCUGACAGCGCAGAAGAUACGAGAGCUCUUCACCAUCUGCGGAAUUGAGGACAGCGAGGAACAUCUUAAGAUGGUUAUCGCCCACGCUGCCGACCAUGUUCGCAAAGCUCGACUCGUGACUGCUAGAUGUCUACCCCAGCCUACCUUCGAGCCUAAGGAAGCGACCACAGAAACACCUCCGACUCCGCCACAUGACAUUCGUGGGUCCUAUCGACUUAUGAAACAGACAGGGAAGGAUGGACCUACAACCUAUAGCGACAUGGCCAGUACAGAGAAGAAGAAGAGAAAGAAGAGAAAAAGAAGCAACAAGCCGGAGUUGAUAGACCAACCGCCUGGAGCGUCAGUUGCUGAUGGAAAUGGGACUGCCAAAAAUAAGACUCCCGAGGAAUCAAUUCCGCCAGAAAUACAAACAACGUCCGAAGUCGACGAACCCGAAUCUUUAUGUGUGCCGAACCCCCGUGACAACUCUUUGCCACUAUAUCUCGACUCUGCCUACGAGAUGAAGGUCAUGACGACAAUAUUGAUACAGUGUGUCAAAUCUACCUCUGAUAUCGCACAAUAUGGACAACGCGACUGCAUGGUCCUGGCAACAACUAAAUUCGAGAGAAUGCGGGACCAUGUCAAACAGUUCUCUCAAUACAAUUAUGAACAAGCCAUUCAAGCCAUUCGAAGAGACAACGCGUUAAAAACUGGCAGGGCAGUACAGACAAGGUACAAUGAAUCUGUUUUCUGGCCAAUCAUUCUAAGGUGCGCUGCGCUGAUCGACUCGGCAACGCUGCCAGCCGCCAAGGGCCCAGUUGAUGGAUUCACCAUGGCAGAAAAAGCUGCCACGAAGAAAUUCAUGGAAGAUAUCGGCUACGGCUUAGGUGCGGAAAAUCAGCGACAAUGCCGCAUUUUCUGGAAGAACAUAUUUCACAUGCGCGAGGCUGGUGUUGACAAAAUCCUGUUCUAUCGUACGAAAGAAUUCGACAGUUUCUGCAAAGGUUAUUCCAAAGCAUCGGAAACUCCACUUGUGGAUAAAGUUCUGAGAUGGGAAAAUGAGUAUCGGUCUCAUAUCGAACAACUGGAAAUGCGAAUGACUCAAUUGAAGACAGGCGACUUGAAGCGUCUUAGCUAUCUCCGCGAUCCUCACGUGCUAGAGCGGCUGAGAGUGCCAGAGCUCUCGUGGGAUAAUGCUUCAAACGAGUGGGCCUUUAACGCCGAGGAAGAAAGCUUCAGGCAAUACGGCUUGAAGUCUAUCUCAACUGAUAUUCUAGGCAUACCACACAAUGAUGAAUUUUUCUAUGAUGAUGAAAAAGACAAGUCCGCAUUCAUCACUCUUCUGCCCAAAGAUGAUGGGUCUCUGCUCGUCUCUUCGAUUGUUCCCAUCUACGAGGGAGACUUCCUAGGUAUAUUCGCCGGCAAAAUCCGUUUCUCAAAAGAUUUAAGCGUCACCCACGGUAUCUCCGGUCCCGCCGAGAACCUAUGGCUGGACUAUUCUCAGGUGACUGGGACCCUGAAUCAAAUGCAGGUAUCUGAACCUGGUGGUGACGCAAAUGUGUGCCUUCGUUGGUCUAUAUUUCAUGAUGAUUCUGCGACAGAGCCGCGUGUUACAUGGCGUAUCUCCGUCAAAGCCACUAAGCAUAUCAUGCCAUUUCUUCCCGUCGUGCGCACAGCUGCUCAGCAAGAGCAAUACGAUUUGCACUUAUCGCCUGAUAACGCAAAAAGAGGCUUUCUCGAAACCUGUUACUAA